AUGACCGGUAAGGACGCGUGGAAACCCUUCGUCAAGUUCGAGUAUCAGAAACUGCUACCAGCAGAGCUUCGUAACAAGCUGCGCAAACUGCUUGUCUUUACGGAAGCUACGGGCACAAAGCAAUUAAAUCAAUCGCCUGCUUUUUCGCAAGGUUAUCGCUAUCCUUCGCCGGAUAAACAAGCUGAGGGUGUUUUUGUGCCAUCCAGUGAUUCCAAGGAUAGUAUUUACAAUAUCAACUACUAUACGCGCGACAUCCGCCGCUUCCCCUUCCCUAUCGAAGUCGGAAUGCAUCCAUCUCUUCCCAUCGAGAAACGAGUUGAGAUCCCAGCGGAUGCUAAACGUGGAUCACCAGGGAACAAAAAUCCGGCCGUACUGAGUUACGAUCCUACAGGAACUCGAUCAGCCAUGAGCACAACCCAUGAAGCGCGCGACAAACUCAUUCAACAGCAUGUUUCCACGCACAAUGUGCGUUUUGAGUGGGAGGGUGAUGCUGAGGAUGAAAUUCUUGAGGAUUGCAUAGCGAAAAACUUGCCGCCUGCCCCUGGUCGCCCAUUUGUAUGGAACUUUCCAUCUCAAAGUCGCGUCAUGCGCUGGUAA